AUGAGCGUCCCUCCGAUCGGGUGCUGCCCCCAUGCGCGGCUCCAGAACUUAGUGACAGUGUCGGGCUGUUUGACGGAGCUGAAUGACUAUGCUCUGGCCUUCCAUUCGAUGAUAUCGGCUUUGUUACAAAGUCUGAGCUCGCAGCUCCGAGGCAUGAUAUAUUCGCUUGGAGAUACAUAUACCAUGACCUCUAUCGUUUUGAAGGAACCUUUGGCCUUUGGCAUCGAGAACAUAGAAGAAGCAUGCUGCGGAAGCGGACUAUUGGAUGCAGAGAAGCCAUGCUACAUCGCGGACCGCCCCAACCUGUGCCCGAAUCGUAGUAAAUACUUGUUCUGGGACUUGUACCACCCAACUCAGUACGCGGCACACCUAGCUGCCAUCACUCUGUUCACUGGGGACCCGAGUUUGGUAGCUCCGAUGAACUUCAGCCAGUUGGUCCAGGCCAGCGCAUGAGAUCGACAUUUGCGAUGCUCUCGUCUCCUCUCUCUGUUCUGAAACAAUUUACUUCAUGUUUUCCGUGCAUCGUCAUUUCAGCUUCCAGUAAUGAACGCCCUCUUUAGCCUGUUUCUGGGAACGAACCUCGGCGGAUCCCGGGAUCGGAUGAUGUAUGACUGCUGCUGCAAAAGGGUUGUCCUU